AUGAGUUUAGAAGGGAUGAUCGAAAACGUAAACUCGAUCUACUGCGCGGCCAUUUCGCUGGUGGUCGCAGCAGCCCUCUGGAAGAUUUACUCGAAAGACAGCCAAAAUGACAACAAAUUCAAAAUCAAGCCGAUGACUCCGAUGGCGCAGAAAGAAAAAGAAGACGAUUUGGGCGGGGACGACAUUAUCUCAAAAAUGAAGGCGAAGGGGCGCAACAUUUUGGUGCUGUAUGGAUCCCAAACUGGCACUGCAGAAGACUUCUCUGCUGGGCUUGCGCGAGAGGCGCAUCGCUACGAGAAGAUGAAGGCGAUGGUGGUCGAUCCCGAGGAAAUCGAGUACGAAGACCUUUCCAGAUUGAACGAAAUACCCAACUCGGUGCUGGUGUUUUUGGUGGCGACUUACGGCGAAGGAGAUCCAACGGAUAACACGCAGACGAUUUACGACUGGCUGCAGGACGAAGAACACGAGGAGACUCUUUUGAGGGCCAGAAGUUCGCGGUCUUUGGACUGGGCAACAAGACGUGAACGUAUCGUCGACUUGGGACUGGGCGACGACGACGCCAACAUCGAGGAAGACUUCAACGCGUGGAAGGAGCAGUUCUGGCUCUCCGUCUGCCGCACCUUCGAGGUCAACCGCAAGGAAACCGACGGCACGAUCCGGCAAUACAAGCUCAAUCCAGACUUCAACAAGAACCGCAUUUUCACCGGCGAAGUCGUCCGAUUCAAUUCGCAUAAGAACCAACGGCCUCCCUACGACUCCAAGAAUCCCUAUUAUGCCAAGGUCGCCGUCAACAAGGAGCUUCACAAGGGCGGCGAUCGUUCCUGCAUGCACAUAGAAGUCGACAUCUCAGAUGCGAAAAUCAGAUACGAAGCAGGAGACCACAUCGCUGUUUACGCCAGUAACAACCCGGUCGACGUGGACAAGCUCUGUAAACUGCUCGGAGUCGACGGCGAAGAAACCUUUUCUUUGGAAAAUGUCGACGAAGACAGUUCGAAGAAGUACCCAUUUCCGUGUCCGACGACGUACAGAACGGCUUUGACGCAUUACGUCGACAUUCACGGUCAGCCGCGCGCCAACUUGCUCGCCGAACUGGUCCAGUACACGCCGCCGCAGUCCGAGUCGCGACUCAUGCUCGAGAAGCUCUGUGGGAUCCACGGACAAGAUCCAGCUGAGGCGAAGAAACUCUACCAAGAGUGGGUGCUCGACCAGAGACGAACCAUUCAUCACAUUCUCGAAGACUUGACCGAAGUGAAAAUAGCAGCGGAUCAUCUCCUGGAGCUACUUCCGCGUCUUCAGCCCCGCUACUACUCGAUCGCCUCGUCUCCCAAGCACGAUUCCACUCGCGUUGCCAUCUGCGCCAUACUCGUCCAGUACAAAGCCAGUAAGGAGCGGAUCAACACUGGCGUCGCAACUGGCUUCAUGAAAAACAAAGUUCCGACCGAAGGAGCUGACUUGCCGCCUCCAACGCUUCCAGUGUUCAUCAGAAGAUCGCAGUUCAAACUUCCCUUCCGGACGACAACUCCGAUCAUCAUGAUUGGCCCAGGAACCGGAUUUGCGCCCUUCCGGGGAUUCCUCCAGCAUCGACAGUGGCAACGUCUCUCCGACAAGCGUGAAGUCGGACAGACAGUCCUCUUCACUGGAUGCCGCAACAGAGAGGUGGAUUACAUCUACUCGGAGGAGCUGGAGAGCUUCGAAAAGGACGGGACUAUCGACAAACUCUUCUGCGCGUUUUCCCGCGACUCCGAAAAGAAGGUUUACGUGCAGCACUUGCUCGCGGAGCAGCGCGAACUGGUCUGGGAUGUGAUCAACCGAAAUGGGCAUAUCUACGUCUGCGGUGACGCCAAGAAUAUGGCCAGAGACGUCAAUGAAGUUAUACUCGACAUUAUUUCCGAAUUCAAGAAAGUACCCAAAUCAGCUGCGCAAGACUUCCUCAAGAGCAUGAGGAACAAGGGGCGCUACCAAGAAGAUGUUUGGAGUUAA